GCCCGCUCCGUGCCCGCUCCGUGCCCGCUCUGUGCCCGCUCCGUGCCCGCUCCGUGCCCGUCCUGCGGAGCAGCCGCUCACGAUGCGCCGGCCCCGACGGCGCUGGCUGCCUGUGCUGCUGCUGGUCACGGCCACCCUGGGAUGGAUCUCUGAGUUUGCUGGAGCUCAAAUUCUGCCUGCAUGUGGGAAUUCAGGGGAAAAUCCCAGCCUGCAUCAGCCCCGUGUCCUUGGAGCGGAUGACAUCAGGCACCUGCCCGGCACCGCUUUUAUCCCGGUUCUUUUGCUGCCGUCAGGGGCUGCGGGAUGUGUUUCAUCCUCUUUCGUCUCAGGAGUUCAGCCAGGUCUCUCCUUGGCUGCAGGGUCCAACUCCUUUUGGGAUCACCUCAGGAGAAAAACAAAUUGGGGAUGGAAGCAGGGGAAGUUCAAAGCUUGAUGCUUUCCCGAGCUUUUUCUCCAGGCUUGAUCCCCCAAGAAGGAAGAGCUGAUGAAGGAUUCCUGUGCCUCUAAUUCUUCUGCCUCCAGGCUUUCUCGAGUUGUUUACUGCGGGUGAAAACUCCUCAAUUUCGCUGUGCUGGAUUCUCCAACUGAUAGUUUGGUCAGGGAUGGCAGCAGGGUGCUGCGGGCUGAUAACCUUAUCGUGCACGUGUUGCUGUUCUCUGUAAAGAAAUGAAAUCCUGUGGCUGAGGGGCCCUCCCAAACUGCAGAAAACAUUGUGGUGUCGCUGUGAUCACCCUCACAGCGUGGCGGAGUUCAGGUGGAGAAGAAACAGGGAUUAUUUUUUCCCCGGUGGAAGUGGGACAAAUUGUCCCAUCACUCCCAGGACUUCCAAGACCAGAGUGGGUGAAGCUGUUGUGGCUGGAGCUCCUCAAAUGGAUAAAAAAUUUUACAAACUUGUAAAUGUUCCUGGCUGGAGAAAAGAGGAGCAGAGGCAGAUUCUGAGAGAUGUAGAGCCAGAAGACGUUGGAGGAACAUGGAUUUGAUCCCUCUGAGUCAGGGUCUGGUUCCUGGGCUGGCCAGGGCUCGGGGGCCCUGUGGCCUGGUCCUGGUGGCCACUUUGGGAGCCAAUGCUGUCAUCCUGAGGAGGAGGGACAGCUUGGAUUCCUUGGAUCUAGGCUGGGGAGGGGAAGAUCAUUACUACAGGAACAGUGAUGGUCUCUACUGCCAGAAGUGCCCUGAAGGCACCUACAUUGCAGAGGAGUGUAAGGAGCAGAAGGGCUCUGGCAGGUGUGAGCCCUGCAGACCUGGGGAAUACAUGGAAUAUCCAAACGCCUUCCGGUGGUGCCGGGACUGCUCGGUGUGCAGGGAAGAUCAGGUGAAGCUGAGUCCCUGCCAGCCCGUCAGGAACACGGUGUGUGUCUGCAGGAACGGCACCUUCUGCCCCCCAUACCACCCCUGCGAGAUGUGCCAGAAGUGCCAGCCCAGGUGUCCCGAGGGCCAAGUGGUGCUGAAACACUGCACACCCGACAGUGACCUCCAGUGUGGUCCUGACGUGGACACCUUCCCCUUCUACCUUAAGGUCAUCACUGCAGUGUUUGUUGUGAUAACAGUUGUGAUCAUGCUUGGGAUUGCGCUCUACUGCUGGAAACACCCCUGCAGCUCCUCAGGGGAUGGGACACCCUCGAGCAGGAAGCCGUUUGAAAUGGUGAGCUCUAUGUUUCAGAAGCUGCUGUGGUGCAAGACAGGGAACGUGGGGACAGAGGACAACCAGGCCAACAGGCAGACAGAGAUGCAGCAGCGUCACACGGCACCAGAGAGACAGGAGAUGCUGCCGAGUGGGAGUGAGAGACCCUGGAGGAGCCUGGUUCCAGCCCCAGGGUGUGACCCCAGUGCAGUGCUGCAGCGCUCCUUUUACACCUUCGCUAGGAAGGUGCCCAAAGAAAACUGGAAGAGAUUCGGCCACAACCUGAACCUGGAGGACAAUGACAUCCCCACGGACAAGUCGCACGAUAACUUCUACGACAUGCUGCGCAGGUGGCAGAACAGGGAGGGGACCAAGGCCUCCGUGAACACGCUGCUGGACACCCUGGACCGGAUCAGCCUCGGCGGGGUGGCAGAGAACAUCUCCGGCGUGCUGGUUCAGAGUGGAUUUUUUCAGCAUGAAACGAGCUGAAGGGAGCAGGGCACACGUUGCAGCUGCUUCCUUCAGGCUACAGCUAUGAAAGAAUUCUCAGAACAGCUGGAUUGUAGCUGUUUGUAGCUGUCCUGUGGCUCCUCUACCUUUGAGGCCAUGUUCAGCUGGGCCAGGAGCUGAUCCCCACGUGAAGGACAAACCUCAGGGUCCUCUCUGCUGGAGUUACAGUUCAAUGUUGGUUCUUCCUCGUGGAAUCCAAGCUGGUUUCUUGAUUUCACUGGGUCAGCACCAAGAGUUUCAAAUAAUUUCAAUCUGCCUUGGACCAUCUCUCUUGGAAGCACUGGUACUACCCAGAUUUCUUUGGAAUCUGUGCAGAGAGGGGCUCCCUGUGCUUUUGAACUGGAUCAUCCUUGAAUGACAGGAGACUCUUGGUGUCAUAGAAUGGCUUCUGCUUCUAGAACAUCUCUAAGUAAGCUUCAUUCUGCAUGCUUAGUGGUUCUGCAAGCUCAGCUGGUGUCUCGGGUUAUUUUUUGUGAGCCAAUUGUUUGUUUUUGUUUUUGUUCUACAUGGUUCUGCUUGUUGUUAGGAGCCAAUUUAAAACUGCACUUGGAGGGGACAGGGGGAAUGAUUUGCACUAGGAUCACUGGUGUUGCCUGGGGAAAGGGACAACGCAGGGGCCACCCAGCCCAUCCCCCUGCCAGGAGCAGGGCAUCUCCCACUCCACCAGGUUGCUCCAAGCCCCAUCCAGCCUGACCUUGAAUGUUUGCCAGGAUGGGGCAGCUUAUCUGGGCAGCCUUUCUGCCAGUGUUUACUCACCCUCAUUAUGAAGUAUUUCUUUGUAGUAUCUAAUAUAAUGUGAUCUUCAUUCGGUUUAAAGCCAUUCCCGUGUCCUGGCACUCCAAGCCCUUGUCCAGUCCCUCUCCAGCUCUCCUGGAGCCCCUUUAGGUACUGGAAGGGGCUUGAAGGUGUCCCAGAGCCUUCUCUCCUCCAGGCUGGACAAUCUCAGCUCUCCCAGCCUGGCUCCAGAGGGGUUCCAGCCCUCGGAGCAGCUCCGUGGCCUCCUCUGGAUUUGCUCCAAGGCUUUCACAUCCUUGUGGAGACCCCAGAGCUGCAGGUGGGGUCUCCCCAGAGCUGAGGAGAAGGGAAAAAUCCCCCCUGGCCCAGGUUAGCCCCGAGGCUGUGGGGUGGCUGCUGUCCCUGUGUGCCCCAGUGUAGAGGGGUGAAUGCACUGAGUGUGAGUGUGACCGUGGUACCUCCUGCCCAUCUCAGACCUCAAGCACUGUGCCUCACACAGAGCUCAGGGACAACCUAGCUGUAAAAACAGCUGGGAAAACUCCUGGAUUACUUGAGCUGCCACCCCAGUCCAGCCCAGUCCACCAGGACCUUCCCAGUGUGGUGGGACGGUGCUCAGCACCCUUUCUCCCCCACCCUCCAAUACAACAAGCAGAAAUGUUGUACUUAUUUAUUUAGCAAUUGUAAACAUAACUUUUAAGUUAAUAUAUGCAAUAUAAAAAUAUUGGUAUUUUGUUAUGCAUGGUUGUGUGUUUUUUACAGAGCUCUGGCCCAGCCAGUGUACUUUUCCAGUUUUUUACAUUUCUCUGUUUAUGAAGGUUUAACUUUAAAAAAAAAAAAAAUCCU